AUGCCAUAUUCACCACCAGAGCAAUUGAAAAACAAAAACUUAUGGCAAACAAACCCCUUUAUUAACAAUGAAUUCAUAACUUCCCCAUCAACAAAAACCUUUCAGGUAGUCAAUCCAGCAACAGAACAAAUCAUAGCAGAAUGUCCAGAACAAACUGCUGAAGAAAUAGACGAAGCUAUAAAAUCUUCUUACGACGCAUUUGAAAAAUUUAGAAAAACUCACCCGCAUGAUAGAUCCAAAAUGUUACGAAAAUUAUAUAACCUCAUUCAUGAAAAUCUUGAAGAUUUAGCACUCAUUUUAACUUUAGAAAAUGGGAAAUGUUUAACUGAUGCAAAAGGUGAGAUCAAUUACGGGGCAUCAUACUUUGAAUGGUUUGCAGAAGAAAGUAAAAGAACUUAUGGUGAAGUAAUCCAACCAACUAAUCCAAACAAUAAAAUAAUAACAUUAAAACAACCAGUAGGUGUUGUGGGGUUAUUAUGUCCUUUCAAUUUCCCUAACGCAAUGUCAACAAGAAAAGCAGCACCAGCUUGGGCCGUGGGGUGUACAUGUAUUUUAAAACCAGAUGCUCAAACUCCAUUAAGUUCAUUAGCUUUAGCUUAUUUGUCAAAAGAAGCCGGGUUCCCACCAGGUGUGUUUAAUGUUGUGUUAGCUUCAACUGAAUCAACUCCAAUGGUUGGUAAAAAGAUUUGUGAAAGUAAUUAUAUUAAAAAAGUAAGUUUUACUGGUUCCACUCCAGUGGGGAAAUUAUUAAUGCAACAAUCUUCAUCAUCAUUAAAAAAAUUAUCAAUGGAAUUAGGUGGGAAUGCUCCAAUUAUAGUAUUUGACGAUUGUGAUUUAGAACUUGCUGUAACUCAAUCAAUUGCUUCAAAAUUUAGAUCUUUAGGUCAAACUUGUGUUUGUGCAAAUAGAAUCUUUGUACAAUCAGGUGUUUACGAUAAAUUUUGUUCAAGAUUUGCUGAAGAAAUUGCUAGAUUUAAAAUUGGUAAUGGUUUAGAAUCAGGGGUAACUCAUGGUUGUUUAAUAAACACUAAAGCUAUUGACAAAGUAGAAAGUCAAAUGCAAGAUGCUUUGCAAAAAGGUGCUAAAAUCUUAGUAAAAGGUGGGAAAUUACCGGAAUUAGGUAAGAAUUUUUAUUCACCAUCAGCACUUUACGACGUACCUUACGACUCACUUGUAUUUCAUGAAGAAACAUUUGGUCCAUUAGCAGCUAUUGCAAAAUUUGAAAAUCGUGAUGAGAUUUUGAAAAUUUGUAAUGAUACUCCUUACGGUUUAGCUUCUUAUGUGUUCAGUGAAUCUUUAAAUAAUAUUUGGUACAUGUCUGAAUAUUUAGAGACUGGUAUGGUUAGUGUCAACACUGGUGUAUUUACAGAUUGUAGUUUACCAUUUGGUGGAGUUAAAGAAUCUGGGUUUGGUAGAGAAGGUUCACUUCAUGGUAUUGAUGAUUAUACUUAUGUCAAAUCAAUUAAUUUAGGAAAUGUGUAUAGAUAA